GGAGGAACCAAUGGAAAAAAAAGGUUGGUUCUCGUUCUUCACUUUGUCUUCGGGAGCAUGUGAGGACUGACAGACAGAUAGAUCCUCAUUCAUCGUCGUCUUCUACUUUCCGUGGUUAUUAUUCUCUUCUCUUAAUCUAUUUGGAGAAGAGGUUCCAUCACCAUCGGUUGGUGGUGUUUCGAGGAAUGGCAGCCUCUUCGUCGAGGGUGCGGAGCAAUUCACCUUUCGGUUAUAGGAAGCCGUCGACCUCUUACUCCUCCUCGUCCUCGUCGUCAUCGCUUCUCAACGGCAGAUUAAUCCCUCGUUCUAGCUCUCCUUCAACUUCUUCAUUGUAUGGUUCUGGUAGUGGAUUCACCACUCGAUCUAUGACGCCCAGUCGCGGCCGUAGCGAUUCAGUGUACCAUGCCUCCAGAGGAUAUGCCGGCGGUACUCCGGUUGGUUAUGCUUCUGUGGACGAGGUCAUUGGAGAGCCGGUUGACUCGUCGAGAUCGGGAGAUAGCAUUUCAGUUACGGUUCGAUUUAGGCCGAUGAGUGAACGGGAAUUUCAGCGCGGAGAUGAGAUCUCAUGGUAUGCUGAUGGAGAUAAAAUCGUGCGCAGCGAGUACAAUCCUGCUACGGCAUAUGCGUUUGAUAGAGUUUUUGGGCCCUCCACAACUUCCCAGCAAGUCUAUGACGUAGCUGCUCGACCAGUAGUCAAGGCUGCUAUGGAAGGUGUCAAUGGGACUGUUUUUGCGUAUGGUGUUACUAGCAGUGGAAAGACGCACACUAUGCAUGGAGAUCAGAUUUCUCCAGGCAUUAUUCCUUUGGCCAUCAAGGAUGUGUUCAGCAUUAUCCAAGAUACUCCUGGAAGAGAGUUCUUACUUCGUGUGUCAUAUCUUGAAAUUUAUAAUGAGGUGAUAAAUGACUUGCUUGAUCCAACAGGGCAAAAUUUGCGUGUCAGAGAAGAUGCGCAGGGAACCUAUGUUGAGGGUAUAAAGGAGGAGGUUGUUUUAUCCCCGGGGCAUGCUCUUUCUUUUAUUGCUUCUGGAGAAGAGCAUCGUCAUGUUGGUUCAAAUAAUUUCAACUUGUUCAGUAGCCGAAGUCACACCAUAUUUACUCUGAUGAUUGAAAGUAGUGCUCAUGGUGACGAAUAUGAUGGAGUGAUAUUCUCGCAACUAAAUUUGAUUGAUUUAGCUGGAUCUGAGAGUUCAAAGACCGAAACAACUGGCCUAAGGAGAAAGGAAGGAUCUUACAUAAACAAAAGCCUUCUUACUCUUGGAACUGUAAUUGGAAAACUGAGUGAGGGGAAAGCGUCUCAUGUCCCAUAUCGUGAUUCUAAGCUUACACGCCUUCUGCAAUCCUCGUUGAGUGGGCAUGGGCAUGUCUCGCUCAUAUGCACAGUUACUCCUGCAUCAAGCAGUAUGGAGGAGACUCACAAUACAUUGAAGUUUGCAAGCAGGGCAAAAAGAGUGGAAAUCUAUGCUUCACGCAAUAGGAUCAUUGAUGAGAAGUCACUGAUUAAGAAAUACCAAAGAGAAAUUUCGAGCCUCAAACAAGAACUUGAUCAACUAAAGAAGGGGAUGCUCAUUGGUGUUAGUCACGAGGAGAUCAUGAGCUUGAGGCAACAGUUGGAACAGGGCCAAGUAAAAAUGCAGUCAAGAUUAGAGGAAGAAGAGGAAGCAAAGGCAGCAUUAAUGAGUAGAAUCCAGAGACUAACCAAGCUAAUCCUUGUUUCUACAAAGAAUACCAUUCCUGGAUAUUUGGGUGAUGUACCUAGUCAUCAACGACACCAUUCUGUUGAAGAUGAUAAAUUGGAUCUUUUGCGUGAGGGUUCUCCGUUGUUUGUUGAAGGCGAAAAUCAGAGAGAUUCCCCAUCUUCCAUUAUUUCAGUGCCAUCAGACACAUCCAAUGAUCUUAGACACAAAAGAUCAUCAAGCAAAUGGAGUGAAGAACUGUCACCCAUUAACAGUUCCAUCACGGAAUCAACUCAGGCAGGUGAACUUAUCAGUGGGACGGCCAGCAGUUCAAGACUGCAAUCAGCUGGGAUGACGAUGGCAGAUCAGAUGGAUCUCCUUGUUGAACAGGUUAAGAUGCUUGCCGGAGAAAUUGCAUUCAGCACCAGUACCCUUAAGCGCUUAGUGGAGCAGUCUGUGAAUGAUCCUGAUGCCUCAAAAAUUCAGAUUCAAAACUUGGAACGUGAAAUCAAAGAGAAAAAGAUGCAAAUGAGGGUUUUAGAGCAGCGGAUUACUGAGAGUGGUGAGGCUUCAAUAUCUAAUGCAUCAUUGGUUGAUAUGCAGCAGACUGUGAUGAAAUUGAUGGCUCAGUGCAAUGAGAAGAGCUUUGAGCUAGAGAUAAAGUCAGCAGACAAUCGUGUCCUUCAGGAACAGCUACAAGAUAAGUGUUCAGAGAACAAGGAAUUGCAAGAGAAAGUGCAACUCCUGCAGCAGCAAUUGGCCUCGGUCAUGUGUGAUAAAUCUUCACUGUCCUCUGAGCAAUGCAUCUCAGAAGAUUACAUUAACGAGUUGAACAGGAAAAUUCAGUCUAAGGAGAUUGAGAAUGAAAAACUAAAGCUGGAACAUGUUCAGCUUAUGGGGGAGAAGAGUGGAUUGCAUGUACAGAAUCAAAAGCUGGCAGAGGAAGCUUCUUAUGCGAAGGAAUUGGCAUCUGCUGCUGCUGUUGAACUGAAAAAUUUGGCUGGUGAAGUCACCAAGCUCUCCUUGCAGAAUGCAAGACAAGCAAAAGAGCUGCAGCCUGCUCAAGAAAUGGCAUAUUCUAGAGGUGCUGGGGUUCCGAGUGGUAAUGGUGCUAGCCGCAAGUAUUCUGAUGGCAAGACUGAAGGCACUAAGCUUGGGAGAAAGGGUUAUUUCUCUAGCAGGUCUAAUGAAGUUUCUGGGACAGUAUAUGAUGAUGUAGAGUUUUGGAAUCUUGAUCCAGAUGAUAUAAAAAUGGAGUUACUGGCAAGAAAACAAAGAGAGGCUGCUCUUGAGGCUGCUUUAGCAGAAAAGGAACUAGCAGAAGAAGAAUAUAUGAAGAAGGCUGAAGAGGCGAAGAAGAGGGAGGCUGCACUGGAAAAUGAUCUAGCAAGCAUGUGGGUGCUUGUUGCAAAGUUAAAGAAAGAUGGGGGGGCUGUCACGGGGCAGAAUGUUUGCGAGAGAUCUAAUGACGGGACCAAUAUCGCAAGUGAUCCAAAAAUAAACGACAAUGAGAGCAAAGAGAUCACCCCAAAAGAUACCCAACUUUCGGAUGGUCUGAAAACUGUUCAUGAUGGUCCUGAGCUAGAACCUCUGGUUGUUCGCCUUAAGGCCCGGAUGCAAGAGAUGAAGGAUAAAGAGCUAGAGACCUUGGGGAAUGGGGAUGCAAACUCUCAUGUGUGUAAAGUAUGCUUUGAAGAACCAACUGCAGCAAUACUUCUUCCCUGCCGGCACUUUUGCUUAUGCAAGCCUUGUUCGCUUGCUUGCUCUGAGUGUCCAAUUUGUCGCACAAAGAUAGCUGAUAGGAUCAUUGCAUUCACUUCAUAACAAUUCAAAAUAUGUCCCAGGUAAAGGGGACAUGCCAUUCAACUACUUGUCAUUUUUCUGUAAUAUGAGUGCAAUUCUUUCAUUAGUUGGCCUGUAUGUAAGUCGUUAAAAGGUGUAGAAUUAUAUUCAUGUCCUGUCUCCAUCUCCUGAGAAGAAAGAAAAAAGGAGAGAGAGAGAAACAGAAGAGCAAGAGUAUCCUCUGCAAAUUUAUGGUUUGUGUUGACUACAUUGGAUCUCUUGUAUCUGUUGUCCUUUUACAUAUGAGUGAUGGAAGCUUAAAUAACGAAGAAAGCUUCUAUUCGGUUUUCUUUAUGGGUAAAUAAUUAAUUGUCAGUUUCUCACAUUGUUAUUUCAUUGUAUGCAUUAAGCCUUAAAAUUUGUUUAGUCACUGUUUGAAAACUAGGU